AUGUUUACGUAUCAGAAUUAUUUCACCCUUGGGUCAGUACUACUGGCACAGACGGUGUUGGGUUACCCCCAGGGCGCGGUCCUCAACCCCGCAUUGAUCACCAGAGACAAUGAGUUCAUCUUUUCCGCCAUCGGUGAUUCAUGGGGAAGCGGAGUCCAAUGGAGCGACGACACCGCAUAUGACGGAAACGAAGAUGGAUGCAUGCGCUAUAAGUACGCCUGGUCGACCAUCGUCAACGACAGAUAUAAGGACUGGACACCAAACCCAGACCAAGGUUCUCUGUUCGAAUUCAGAGCCUGUUCCGGCGCCCAUCUGGGACAGAACAUCCACGACCAGAUGGACAAGUUAACACGACCCAAGAUGACCCUCCUCGAAGCAGGUGGAAACAACGCCGAUUUCUACCCCAUGGCCGAUAGCUGCCUCUUCCAUUCCAACAGAAGCUUAGACUAUGGCACGAAAUACGAAGACGACAAUGCUGAUGAUCCGACUGGAUUGUGUAGGAAAGAGAUCAAGUUCGUACGAGGAAGAGUUGGAGGAGGUCUUAAGCAGGCCGUUCUGGAUACUAUCGACAUCUGGAGAGCCCACCCUGCUGUUGGUGGUAACGACGCCUCUCUCUUCAUGCUAGGGUAUGCGCGCUUCUUCGCCCUUGACGACGCAUGCAAUGACUGGGAUUUUGGCGUACAGUACCAAAGGCGAAACGAGACACAGACAGUCAAAAAAGAGAUGCGACAGGAUUUCAACGAUCUAGUCGACGCGGUGAACCUUGCGAUCCGGUCCUCCGUCGAACAAUACAACGACCCCAAAAUCCAAUACAUCGACAUCAACCCCGCCCUCGAAGGCCACCGCUUCUGCGAACCAGGCCACAGCUGGUGGUCUCAGUUCAACUACGGGUCCAAAGUGCACAUCUAUAACAACCCCGGCCGGCUCGUCGUCACCAUCCACGACGGGGAUCACGCUACCACGUACGAGUCUAACGAUGACCCAGGUGCACCCAGCCCACCCGAGGAUAUCGUCGAGAAACUACAUGGCUACCCCGAGGGCGAAGCCGUGCAGCAGGAUCAAUACACCAUCCUUACCUUCCGCGACCCUGCGAAUCCGAGUCUGUGGAUGGAAUGGAAGGUUGAGCCGCAGCCUCUAGAUGGUGGGAGUGGAAGUAAGGAUGGUCGUAUCGCUAGGACGUUGCAUCCCACGCAGGACGGGCACAAAGAGAUGGGCGAUUUAAUUGUAGAGGCGCUCAAGAAGAAUUAUAGACCUGAUGAGUCGGCUCCUGAGCCGCCGACGAACCCAUCGAAGCCGACACAGCCGCCGCAGCCGGAAACUACGGCUGAUUAG